AUGCAGAGGCCUGGGGAGCCCGGCGUCGCGCGCUUCGGACUGCCCGAGGGUUGCGCCGACCACCCGCCGCAUCGCUACCGCAGCUUCAUGAUCGAGGAGAUCCUCACCGAGCCGCCGGGGCCCAAGGGCGCCGCGCCCGCCGCCGCCGCCGCCGCCGCCGCGGGCGAGCUGCUCAAGUUCGGCGUGCAGGCGCUGCUGGCGGCGCGGCCCUUCCACAGCCACCUGGCCGUGUUGAAGGCGGAGCAGGCGGCUGUGUUUAAGUUCCCGCUGGCGCCGCUGGGCUGCUCUGGGCUAGGCUCCGCGUUACUGGCCGCAGGGCCUGGACUGUCCGGCGCCCCUGGCGCGCCGCACCUGCCUCUUGAGCUGCAGCUCCGCGGAAAGUUGGAGACGCCGGGCAGCGGGGAGCCGGGCACCAAGGCCAAGAAGGGGCGUCGGAGCCGCACGGUGUUCACUGAGCUGCAGCUGAUGGGCCUAGAGAAACGCUUUGAGAAACAGAAGUACCUCUCCACCCCGGACAGAAUAGAUCUCGCUGAAUCCCUGGGCCUGAGCCAGUUGCAGGUGAAGACGUGGUACCAAAAUCGGAGGAUGAAAUGGAAGAAAAUAGUGCUGCAGGGUGGCGGCCUGGAGUCUCCCACCAAGCCCAAGGGGCGGCCCAAGAAGAACUCCAUUCCCACGAGCGAGCAGCUCACGGAGCAGGAGCGCGCCAAGGAGGCAGAGAAGCCGGCAGAGGCGCCAGGCGAAACCAUCGACAGGAGCCGCGAGGACUGA